CACGUCGGACAGAUGUCGCUUUAUUUUUUGUUGCGAAUUUUCCUUUUAUUCGAUUCGUAAACAAUGACUGCAACAAGCGAAACUGAUGAAAAAAUAUCUUUAACGCUUUUAAAUGGCACUGGAUAUGUUUUUAACGUGAACGACUACAUCACAUUGCGACGGAAGCACCGAAUUGUGGGCGCGCUGGUGGGCACGUGCAGCAUCCGAGGCUGGUCGGCGAAUGAUUGCACUUUACCACUGGAGCUAACGCCGCAUGAGACACGCUUUCUGGUGGAGCGAGGCAUUGCUCAACUAGUUUCCAAGCAAGAAUCUUUACUGCGGGUACCAGAAGCUAGCGAGCUUGUUCAGUAUCAUGAGCAGUUGGAAGCAGGCUUCACUGCACAGGCGGAGAUAUUAAAGGUUCAAAAGUUGCAAGAGACGGAACGCAACAUAAGCAAUAUACUGGCUGGGAAGCGAAAAAAGCUGUUAAGAGAAGGAGUAGUGGAAGCUGAUAUUAAACUAGAUGCUGCGCAGAUACUGCAAGAAAUAGCCGAUAAUUUCGUUUUUGAUCGCAGAAAUGCGCAACUGGAAAUUGCUUGCGCGCAUCCACAGCCACAUGCAAAUAAAACCGUGGAGCCGCCUUCUGNGGUACGAGUAGAGAAAGCUGAUGCAAAAUAAUAAACAGUAGCAAAUCAUAAAACUUACGAAAAUGGCAAAAGUUGAGAGAUUCAGUUUUAAUUAAAUUCUAAUCACUUUGUCCUUUGUAUGUAAUUACAUAUUCAAAAUUCUGUUAAUAUAAUUAAACUGAAAAACAGGUAUUGCCAUGCCCUGCAUUUGUAUAAAUAUAUGCCCAUAAGAAAUUU